CAUAGCCACGCCCGCACCUUCGUAGUAAACACACGCUUGGCGGAAGCUUAGAAACAACAACUACGCGAGAGAAGAAGCUGGAGAAACUAGUUUCUUAAACUACUUGUUUACGUAGUUUACCUCUUAAAUCGUUACUAUUUUGUUCCUUCGGUUGUAAAAGGAUUAAAUAAAGGCAAAAAAAGGAGCAUGCCUCGCAGAAAGAGAAAUGCUGGAAGUAGUUCAGAUGUGACUGAAGAUUCUGAUUCAACUACGGAUCAUGAACAAGAGCACACAGACACUUCUGAAAGUGAUGGGAAUGCACGCCAGUCUGCUCGGGUUACAAGGACAUCGGCAAGGCUAAGCCAGAGUUCACAGGGUGAAGAUUCAAGCCCUGCUCACAAUCAGCAGCCCUUUGCUGCAGAAGAACUACCUAUUCCUAGUAGAAGAGGGGGCCGUGGUCAGCAGCCAUCCAUCCCAGUGACUACUAAAAAACAACCACUUGGUCAUAUUCGCUCCUCAGACUCUGAAGUGGAGCCAGUGGUGGAUUUCUCAGAUAAAGAAACCAAAAAUACAGCUGAACAUGAUGAGUCUCCACCACGUACACCAACAGGAAAUGCUCCAUCCUCUGAAUCGGAUAUUGAUAUUUCCAGUCCUAAUGUGUCCCAUGAUGAGAGUAUUGCAAAAGAUCUUUCAAUGAAGGAUUCUGGGAGUGAUCUGUCUCACAGACCCAAACGUCGACGGUUUCAUGAGAGCUACAAUUUCAACAUGAAGUGUCCCACACCUGGUUGUAAUUCGCUAGGACAUUUAACAGGCAAGCAUGAGCGCCAUUUCACCAUAUCUGGAUGUCCACUGUACCAUAAUCUCUCUGCUGAUGAAUGCAAGUAUUACAGAGGCUCCAGAGCACAGCGUGACGCGGUGAGGGCACAGCAUCGUGAUAAACAAAGUGAAGAGCGAACAUUGUCCCAUCGGCAAGAUGACAGUAACCGCCAUGCAACUCGCCAUCAGGCACCAACAGAACGGCAGCUAAGAUAUAAAGAGAAGGUGGCAGAGCUGAGGAAAAGGCGAAAUGCAGGAUUAACCAAGGAACAGAAGGAAAAAUACAUGGAACACCGACAGAAAUAUGGGAACACUCGGGAGCCUCUCUUAGAGAACAUCACUAGUGAAUAUGAUUUGGAACUAUUCAGAAGAGCACAAGCAAGAGCGUCUGAAGACUUGGAGAAGCUACGGUUACAGGGCCAGAUAACAGAAGGAAGCCACAUGAUUAAAACAAUUGUUUUUGGUCGGUAUGAGCUAGACACAUGGUACCACUCCCCCUAUCCUGAGGAGUAUGCUCGGCUAGGUCGGCUGUAUAUGUGUGAGUUCUGCCUUAAGUAUAUGAAGAGUCAGACCAUCCUACGAAGACACAUGGCAAAGUGCGUGUGGAAGCAUCCUCCAGGAGAUGAAAUUUACAGGAAGGGCUCCAUUUCUGUGUUUGAGGUGGAUGGUAAGAAAAACAAGAUAUAUUGCCAGAAUCUUUGUCUGUUGGCAAAACUCUUUCUUGAUCACAAGACCUUGUACUAUGAUGUUGAGCCAUUUUUGUUUUACGUUAUGACUGAAGCAGAUAACACAGGCUGUCAUCUCAUUGGUUACUUCUCUAAGGAAAAGAAUUCAUUUUUGAAUUACAAUGUAUCCUGUAUUCUUACGAUGCCCCAGUACAUGAGGCAGGGGUUUGGGAAAAUGCUCAUAGACUUCAGUUAUUUGCUUUCAAAAGUAGAAGAAAAGGUUGGGUCGCCAGAACGCCCUCUGUCUGAUUUGGGUCUUAUCAGCUAUCGUAGUUAUUGGAAGGAAGUCUUGCUGCGAUAUCUUCAUAACUUCCAGGGCAAAGAGAUCUCCAUCAAAGAGAUCAGCCAGGAAACUGCAGUUAACCCUGCAGACAUUGUCAGUACACUGCAGGCACUUCAGAUGCUCAAGUACUGGAAAGGAAAACACUUGGUCCUUAAAAGACAGGACUUGGUAGAUGAAUGGUUGGCCAAGGAAGAUAAAAGGUCAAACAGUAACAGGACUGUAGACCCUAGCUGCUUAAAAUGGACUCCUCCAAAAGGAACGUAACAUAUUGCAAAUGGGACUUGUUAGGCGGUGGCAGUUGCCAAGUUCUACAACAAAACUUACUUUAGCACUGACUGUGUUUAUUGUAUUUACUGAGUGGCAUAUUGCACUGCUGUGUUGCAAAAGGGAACUGGAGCACCCAUUGAUACAGACAUCUAGGUAGAGAAUGGAACUUUCUGUCGGAGACUACCACGUAGAAUUUUUAAUAAGCUUGUAUCCUGGGAUUCCGAAGUCAUUGAAUGGGAUACACAUGUACUGCUACUGGGCUGUAACAGUCACUUUGCAAACUACUACUUACUUCUGUGCCAUGCAUUUACUUGAUUAGUACAUCUUUCUCCCAUGGAAAAAUAAAUAAAAAGGUCAUUCUGGAAA